AUGCUCUCAAAACUUCUCCCCUUACUAUCCCUCAUCCGCUUCACCACCGCCCAAUCCCAAGUCCAAGAACCCGCACCACCCCCCGCCCUGCUCUCUACUGCAAAAUCCGGCGUCAUCCCCGCCCUCCCUACCGCAACCUCCUUCACAGGCGUCGACACCCUCCAAGGCGCCAUCAUCUCGCCCCUUCCUCCAGCACCAGGUUACCUCCCCAACGCCACAGGCGGUGUCGAGGGCACCGCAACCGCAUCCCCAAACCAACCCUCAGCCACCUACCGCGCUGUGCUUCCGGAUGUACAAUACAACCCCUACGUCAACACCAACGUCACGGGCACCAUCGACGCAGCCGGCGACCCCCAAGGCGUCCGCUUCACCGUCAACCUAACCAAUCUACCGGACCAAGAGCAAUUCGGACCUUUCGCAUGGCACAUCCACGCGCUCCCCGUCCCCAGUGACGGAAACUGCACCGCUACACUCGGCCAUCUCGACCCCACAAACCGCGGCGAACUCUACAUGUGCGACGCUUCUUUGCCAGAAACAUGUCAAGUCGGUGAUUUAGCAGGCAAGCACGGCGGCAAAAUCACUUCAGAGGGGAGUUUCGAAGUGCAGUUUGUGGAUCCGUAUUUGAGCGUUGAGCAAGGAUCAGAAGGGUAUUUUGGGGGAUUGGCGUUUGUGUUGCAUACGGGGAAUACGACGAGGAUUACUUGUGCGAAUUUUGAAGUCGUGCAGGGGGGGAAUGCGACUGGGGGUGUGGGGUCGCCGACGCAGAGUGGGUUGCCGGAGUUUACGGGGGCGGCGAGGAAGGUAACGGGUGGGACGGUGGCGCUGGCGCUGAUAGCUGCCACUAACCCCGCCACAAGGAUCCUCGCAACCUUAUCCGCCAUGGAGGCCCUCUUAUCGCUCGCCUUUGACAAUAUUGCGUCCAAGGAUACGCAGAAGAUUCGCAAGGGAUUACGGCAGAUUGAGGGCAUGUUGGCGCAGAUUUGUCUCUCUGGCACAAAGUCGAAACCCAGCACACCAGGCCACCGCCGGAAUGCCUCAGCAAUCACUCUGAGCGAGCAGCAGCAACAACAACAGCAACAACAAGCCACAGCAAAGAAGUUGGGACAGCUAUCAGAUGAUCUCGCCUUCCGAGAGUUUUUUCGCCUACAAGAGGGGUUCGAAUGGAAUGUUGUGACCAGGGUAGCCGACUGUCUGGAUCGAUUGCUUGGUAUGGGCAGCAGCAAAGAUGGCCAGAACGACAUCCUCAUCCUCUCGUCGCUUUCCAACAUACAAGGUCUCCUCCUGCUACACCCCCCGUCACGCAUCAUCUUCGGGCGCGAGGUAUACAUGAACCUUCUCCUCGACCUGCUCGACCCCUAUAACUGCCCGGCGAUCCAGUCACAAGCCCUUCUCGUUCUCGUCUCCGCCCUGCUUGCCACACCCCAAAACACGCGGAUAUUUGAGCACAUGGACGGCCUGCUCACAGUAACGAGUCUGUUCAAGGACGAGGAGACAACACAGGGCGUCAAGGUCAAGCUGCUCGAGUUCUUGUACUUUUACCUCAUGCCCGAAAUGCCCGUCUCGGGCCCUCAGCGGAGUCGCGACAAGGUCAGGACGGCUAUGGACCGGCGGGGGAGCACCGACGACGGCAGCAAUGGAAUCAGAAAGCACACACGGUCGCAGGCUGAGAAGCAGCAUAUGCUAGGCAAGUAUCUCAACAAUGUGGAUGCUCUGGUCGAGGAUCUGCAGGAGAGUGCGCCAUUUACAAACGUCUCCUGCUAA